CAACUAAGCAUUUUUGGCUAUAAAAAGGGAAGCAGCAGCAGUUGUGGACACAUUCGGACAAGGAAAAAUACCAUCAUGAGGAGUCUGUUGGUUUUGCUCUUCUUGGCUGUGGCCAACGCCAAAAUCUUCGAGCGCUGUGAAUGGGCCCGCACGCUCAAGGCUAAUGGCAUGGAUGGCUACUAUGGAAUCAGCCUUGCCGACUGGGUUUGCCUCACCCGAUGGGAGUCAAACUAUAACACCAUGGCCAAAAACACCAACAAUGACGGAUCCACCGACUUUGGCAUCUUUCAAAUUAACAGCUACUGGUGGUGCAAUGACUACAUCAUCAACUCGCAUAACGGAUGCAACAUGGACUGCAGUGCGUUUUUGAGCGAUAAUGUCAAUGCAGCAAUCACCUGUGCCAAACGUGUCGUGCGGGAUCCUCAAGGCAUCAGUGCCUGGUAUGGCUGGCAAUAUAACUGUGAGGGUCGUGACCUCAGCUCCUAUGUGAGUGGAUGUGGUGUUUAGUCAGCCCACGGCAACAGGAGGGUCUCGUCCACAUAAUAAGAUGUCCCCGUCUUCUUCUGUUUCUGUAAUUUCUCAAAUUAAUAAACUGAAUUAAAAUCACA